CUGCUUUCACCGAUGGCCGCCAAAAAAAAUAAAAACUUUCAUUCUGCCGACUUCUCCCAAAGGUAAAACUGCUACUGUGAUUUUUGGUGGUUAUGGCGUCGUGGUGGUUUUAGAGUCUUCUCAUAUAAGAAUGAAGUUAAAGAAGCUGAAAUGCUGCCUCGCCCUAGCUAAACAGCCUUCAACUUUUCUCCCGAUUAUGAAGGAAGAAUCACUGCAGAGGAUGUGUAAGGAAACAAUCACAGCAGAUAAGGAAAUCACAUCGGGAAACCAUAUCAAAACAAUCAAAGACUGAUCCAAGGAGUAAUAGCUGCAACGUUCAGAAUGUAGCAACGGUAGUAUUGCUUAUUUGCUCAGUACUAGCUACUAAUUUAGGAUCUAAAGAAUUACAUGUAAAUUUACAUAUACAUCAAAUCAUUGUACAGUAUUAUUCAAGGAAGAAUACAACCAAUUUCUGCUU